AUGAAAGAUAUUUUUAUUCUUUUGUUCCUAACAACCGUAAACGUGGUAUGUCAGACGAGUGCUCCUAAGUGUGAGAUAGCUCAGGUAUGUGUGAAUGACCUAUCACAAGAAGAAUGCGGGGCUGGAUUUAUAGUCGCCCCUAAUAAAGCAAUAUUUGGAUGUUGUCCUGGUUGCGAAGAGGAAGGUCUAGGAGGAGGUGGUGGAGGCGAAGACGACGGAAUUAUUGAUGAUACAUUUCCUCCUCAACAAUGUCGACCACCGGCAAAUUGCUUACCAGACGGAACUUAUGCACCCGUACAGUGCAAGGGCGAUUUAUUUACUGGAAGGUGUUUUUGCUAUAAUGCAGAAGGAAACCGAAUAUUUGGACAAAUGUGGAGAAACGAAGCCAGUCAGAUGACGUGCGCUUGCAGUCGCAAGCGAGACGAAAUAGAAAAAUCUCAGAACAGAGUUUCGACAUUGCACUGCUCCAGUAACGGAGACUACGAACAACUCCAGUGUGAUGACGGCAUGUGCUGGUGCGCUAAUCCGAGAACUGGCCAACCCACAGUUCCACCGAUACCGGAUUUAGACAUGACACUGCUCCCAUGUUACAGCAUUCACAGAGUUGGCGAAAGUUAUCUACGUAGAUGCGAAAGUAUUGUGUUCGCACUGGCCACCAUCAGAAAAGAACAGGUAGACCAUGGAACUACUUUCUUCGGUAACCCUACAACCUUCUGUGAUUACGACGGCAGCUAUGGACCAUAUCAAAUUCAAAACGGAAUUGCCUACUGUACUGGUCGAGACGGUCAAAUAUUAGGUUCCUGGCAAGCUGUGUCGAGCGAAAUGAGAGGAAUGAAUUGCAAUUGUGCUCGUGACACCAACGUAUACUUCCCAGAAAAGGGAAUGAGUGUUGCGGAAGUCUGUCAGCCGAAUGGAAACUACCGGCAUUCACAGACUUCAGGGGAUGUGACAUAUUGCGUCGACUCUGACGGCUACCCUUACGAGAGUGAGGACGAUUGGCCCGAUGAAUGUGUACGAAAUCAAAUUGAUAAUGGGAAUAAUAACAAUUAAACGUUUUUAACGUAAACACUA